AUCUAUACAUGGUAGGUGUGAUUCAGAGAUUUCCUGUAACAUCUAUUGAUAUCAGUGCCAACAUGUCUUACACAGGAUUGCAAUAGGGGAGCAUUCCAUUUUGUAGUGGAUAAAUAAACAGAUUGGAUUUAUAAAGCGACUAAUGGAUUCCUGAUCAUCAGAGCUUACAAUAGACACGUAUGUGAGUAUUCUUUCAUCCUCCAUGUGGGGCUAAUGCAAUAGUACGUUAUUAUUUAUAUAGCGCCAUCAGGUUCCGUAGCACUGUACAAUUGGUACAUUCACAUUAAAAAAUAUUAUUCUUAGUUAAUAUUGAGAAAACUCUGUGCCUAGAAUUUAUUAAUUUAGCACCAACAUGUUCUGUAGUGUUGUACACCCUAUUUUGUAUGAUAAACUCUACACACUGUAUACCUUGUUACUAUGUAGCCCUCUAUUUUGAAAACUGAGAAAAUCAACUCUUUCCUGCCCUGUGCUCUCCCCCUCAGGCAUAUCAAUGGUUAAACCCCAGGACUCUGCCCGGAUCCAGGAGCCUUGUAACACAGUGAUCACAUGACAUGAAUGUGUAAGUGGGUGUUACAAAGUAGCAGUUGGUUCCUGGAGCCAAUAAUCCUGGAGUUUGUUGUAAUGUGAGCCUGCCAUGCUGUAACCAUGGAGACAUACUGAAUACAGUAGCUGCAGGGCUAGCCCAGGCCAUGGAGGCUAGUAGCCAUUCCCAUAGCACAAUGCUGUGUUUAGGGUUUCUGGGACUGCUGUGUGUAAUAAUGUCCCCUGCUCUGUGUCAGGCUGUGCCCACAGCCAUCCGUAAUGUCCAGCCCGGGGACUGCACAUCUGAUCAGUUUUAUAACAUAGCCACCUUCAGCUGUAACCCCUGCUCAGCCAAUGCUGUGAGCGGCUCAGGAGGGCUGACCUGUAACUGUAACAGUGGAUUUGUUGAGACUGACUUUGGCUCGCCUCUAGUGACCUGCACAAAGUGUGACAGUAUUAAUCUGUUGGUGUCAUUUGACCAGACUACCUGUCUGACCUGUGCAGCCCCCAACUGCACCUGUGGGAGCAAUCAAGUGAGAGAAGAGAAUUUCAUUGACCACACUUACACGUGUGUAACGUGUUCUGGAUCCACAGUGCCAAACUCAAUCGGCAAUCAAUGUGUCCCGUGUCAGCAAACAUUCUUGGCUAACAACUGUAACUGCCCCCAAAGUGACCAGAGUGGAGGACUUUGUUUCCAAGUUGCAGUCGAGGCCGUCUCUUCCUCCUCGAUCUGGGAGAUUCUGUAUCUGUAUACCAGUUACCAGGCUUGCAACUCUUACAGCAAUGUGACCGCCUGCCAGCUGCUCACCAAUACCGUUAUCCUGAACGCCUUCUCCUGGGACAGUACGGCAUUCACCUACUAUAACAGGAUCACAAACAAAUUUCUCCCACAGCUUUUUUACAGUUCCCAAGUACAGCUGGGGAGCACUGCACCGACAGGCCUUUCCUACACCAAAAACUCCCAGGUCCAGUUUAGGAUUGUGAAAUACGAUGCCCGUGGAGCAUUUUUGGGGUGGGAAAAUCUGAAAUCAGGAACUUUGCAGUUGUGUUCGAAUACGCAAAGUUUUUUGGGCGCUGCCUUUAAAUUCGGGACAGUGUACAAUUUGUCUUGUACGCUGCAGGUAUCGGAUCUCAUGCUGAAAGUACCAGAACCGGUAUUUUACGAGCUGUUCCUGGCUUACACCGAUAGCAGCGGGGCCAGCAUGUUAUGGCCGAUCCCUGUUUGGAACCAGAAUCUUCAAGCCAGCACAAGUUCAUAUAGCACACAGGCCAUAAGACGUUUCUUUCUGGUGGACACGCUCUUGGGAAGGCAAAGCAGUCUCUCCAGUCAGCCCUCGUACAUAACUGUAGCUACAGGAUUUAACCUGAGCGUUUAUCUGCCAACUGCAAGUCCCGGAAGCCAGCCUCCUUUCCAGCUGACUGUUAUAUAUGAAAGAAUAACCAAUCUCAGCGGCACGGUACCGGUCUCCUUUGGAGUGUCGUACACACAGAGUGCAGGAACAUAUAAGACAAACACGGAUAUUGCUCUGGGUGUUCUCGGAUCCCUGGGCACGUUAUACGCCAUCUUAGAGACCAGCAGCUGGAUGCGGCGAUCGGGACAGCAGAAUAAUGGUUUGAUGGUGAUAGUGAAGUUCCUGGCUUUCCUGUCCGGAUCACUGGCAAACACCUUCUUUCUAAUUGUGCUGGGAACUGCCAUCUACUGGCUGAUUGCUUUUAAGGGUCAGAACUCAACAGUAACCGUCACAUUACCUCCUGCUGGCGGCAAAGUCGAGACUGAUUUCAUCACUUACCUCGCCAUCGCUUUUGCUUUAAAGACGCUAGAACUGCUCCACCUUCUGGUCACCCAGCUAACUGUCACUCUAUUUUUGAUUGACUGGGAAAAGUCAAAAGAAAAGAACUCCAGUGGGCAAGGCAAGUACCGAAAGUCUAAUGUCAGUGUCUGGAGGACCAUUUUAGUAGCCAAUGAGUGGAACGAGAUCCAAGCCCAUCGGAAACUGAGUCCCCUUUUUCAACUUUUCUUUGUUUUGCUUCUUCUGGAGGUUGUGGGUCUAAAGAAUAUCACUGGCAAAGAUUUAAAUCUGGACCUAAACCCUGCGUCUGGCACUUACAUCGCUCCGUGGAGUAUUAUUCUGAGAUUCGGUAUCGCUGCCUCCAUGUGGCUGGCGGUGGGAAUCAUACAGAUUCUGUUCUUCAUUUUCAUCUACGAACGUUUUUUUGAAGAUAAAAUUCGCCAGUUUGCAGAUCUGUGUUCCUUGAGCAAUGUCUCGGUCUUCAUCCUGACCCAUAAAUGCUAUGGAUAUUACAUCCACGGUCGAUCUGUUCAUGGCCAGGCUGAUGUCAACAUGGAGACUCUGCUGUCUAAUCUCCAAAAGGAAGAAGAGAACUUGUGUCCAUUAAGAGGCUUAGAACCAAAUUCUGACAACCAAAUGUUUGAGGUCCUUUUGAGUGACCGUGUGCGGGAACAGUACGAGAAGAUUAUGGAACCACUUCAGGAGGUAUCCAUGCGUCAGAAAGCAGGAAAUGAGAAGAAUCCCUUCAUCCAACAACGGGUUAAAACCUACUAUACUCUUAACCGUUUCCUGUCGUCCUUUGUGGACCAUGUGUAUAAGGACAUGGACUAUAUUGUGAAGGACAAGCUGUUUCUGGAAAGCAUUGCAGAUAUAGAAUUCCAACAACCAAUAGAAAAGUCAUUUUUUUAUACAGAUGAUCGAUCGCGCUUUAGUCGGACACUGUUUUAUGGCAAUGAGUUGACCUUGCUGCUCUUUGAUACAUUGCUCUUUUGCAUUGUUGAUUUGGGGACACAGAACUUUGUGCUGGCAACAAUAAUUACCUUUGCUGUACAGAUGACUGUACGACUUUUACGCCUCUAUUUUGGAAAGAAAAAUCUGUCCACUCAGACAAUGGUAGAAGAAAUAUUUCUUAUAUGAUGAGCAAGCAGUGUCCAACUGUUUAAAAAGAAAUUUAAUCAUAAAUGCAGCAAAAAUGGGAAAAUCUCUUGUCAGAGAUUUGCUGAAUCUCAGUUCUGCGAUUUUUGCAGGACCAAACCCAGGAAGCAGAUUUAGUGGCUGGCUAAGUGGCACUCUGCCCCCAGAAACACUGCAUUAAGCUGUAGUGGUUCUGGUGUCCUAUAGUGUCCCGUCAAUUCACUAUUUGGUGAAUAACCCCCACAAUGUACAUUUUUAUUGCAUUGUUUCAGCAUGGAAAAUAUCUGUUUUGUUAGACAGGCAAUCUUUGUUCUCUAACUUUAUCUGUCUUCAUUUAUUACAAGUCAAAGUUAUUUCUUAAUGGGAAAACCUAAACCUGUAGCUGAACGUUUCUAGGAGCCUAAAGGUCAAAAAUUUACUUUUUUACAAGAGCUACGAUUAAAAGCUACAUGUUCUUUGCAGAUUAUUGGAAAAAAAAAUUACUUGACAUAGGUCAUCUGUGUUAAAUUACUGGGCGAUCUAGAACCAUCGUAUUCUGUACAAUAUGUAUAAUUUUUUGUAUGUAUAUAUUUUUCCAAUGAUGCAUAAAUAAAAUCUUAUUUUU